ACAAUAGCCAAGGAGAAAUUAAUCAGAAAGAAAACUUAAUGGCUAUGGGAAAGAGAGCUCAAGAAGAUGACAUCGCUAAUGGCAAUGAUCGUUUCGAAGAAGCGUUCACCAAGGUUGAAAACCAAAGUCCAAUGCAGAAUGAUAACGAUAAUCCGAAGCCAUAUUCUCCCCAGCAGCAACCAACAAGCUCUAAGAUUGAAAAUUCGCCCUCUGAACCUGAUUCAAUGGAACAGGAUGACCAGCUUGAAUUGGCCAGAAUAGAGAUGGGUGAGGUGAGGGAGGAGAACGAGAGGUUAAAGUUGUACUUGGAACGCAUAAUGAAAGAAUACAAGGCACUCCAGAUUCAGUUCUUCGAUAUCGCUAAGCAAGAAGAUCAGAAGCAACAGGCCACGGAGGAUACCGAUACUGCCAGUGCCCAGGAACUCGAAGAAUCUGACCUUGUCUCCCUUAGCCUUGGACGAGUUUCUGGUUCUUCGGUAGGAAAGGAUGAGAAAAGAAAGUCAUUGUCUGGUCUAGAGAAUAAGGAUCAGAAAAUCAAUGAAGAUCGAGAAGGGUUGGCACUUUCUCUGGACUGCAAGUUUGGAGCAGCUAAGUCGGGAAUGACCGAAUCACUGCCAAACAAUACGAGCCCUGAGAACAGUCUCGAGGAUCCGAAGGAGGAUGCUGGGGAGCCGCCAAGUAAAGUUCUCAAGACCAUGAGAAGCGGAGACGACGAGGUCUCUCAACAGCACCUGGCCAAGAAAGCUAGGGUUUGCGUGAGAGCCAGCUGCGAUACCAUGACGAUGAACGACGGAUGCCGGUGGAGAAAAUACGGACAGAAAAUUGCAAAAGGAAAUCCGUGCCCUCGAGCCUAUUUUCGUUGCACAGUUGCACCAUCAUGUUCUGUAAGGAAACAGGUUCAGAGAUGUGCAGAGGACAUGUCGAUUCUGAUAACCACAUAUGAAGGAACACACAACCACCCACUUCCGGUUUCAGCCACUGCCAUGGCCUCCAUCACAUCGGCGGCCGCCUCCAUGCUUUUAUCGGGCUCAUCUACCUCUGGAUCUGGCCAAGGCAGCCUGCCAACUGCCACCACUACCGACCUUAACGGACUAAACUUCUAUCUGUCUGACCCUUCACGAUCGAAGCAGUACUACUUGCCUAAUUCAUCGCUGAUGAUGCGUUCACCUUCCCACCCUACCAUAACCCUCGACCUCACUUCAGGCCCAGCCAUCACAUCCUCCGCAUCAUCUUACCUAAAUCGGUUCGCUUCUGGUACUGCAAGGUACAGCUCAUCAAUCAGCUUAAACUACCGCCCGAUGUCCGAGCCCAGUACUCUACCGAUCUCUUGGGGUACUAGCGGGUUACCUAAAUAUGGCACUACCGACCAUCAACCCAUCAACAAAAGCAACCCUCAAGAAGCCUUUCUUCACCAUCUCCCCUACUUGCAAAAGACAAACUAUAACCCACAAGACUCCAUAGCCGUGGCCACCGAGGCAAUCAUUACGAACCCGAACUUCCAGUCUGCCCUAACUGCUGCCCUCAAGUCAAUAAUCUGUACUGGCAGUAGUCCCAUCUGUAGUGGAACAGCGCUGGCUCUUGGAAACUUUCAGGGCUACUCCGGUGAAGAUGUUUCGGGGCCCAAAGUUAAGUUGGAAUGAGAGAUCCACGGCCUCGGGCGGAUCUAUAUGCAGACCAACACCGCAAGCCAAUGCGUGUGGGUUGAGCUAUCUGAACAAUUCAGGUCCUUCGAUGAACUCUCAUCAUCAGGCCGCAAGCUUAAGGUUUCUACAAUCUAAUCCGAUUCCAUUGCCGUUUUCCUCCUCCAAGCCGAACACUGCGGAGGCAUCUCCGGGCAGCGCAGUAAAGACCGGAACAGCUUUUAAUUAAUUUUUUUUCCAAUUAUUUUUGCUGUAUAGAUUUUAGUAAUAUUACUAAAACUGUUGUCAAAUUUUUUUUAGUAAUUUAUAAUUUUGAAUUAAUAACGAAGAACAUUUUAUUUUGGGUAGAGACGAGAAGAACAUUUCGAUGUAUGACCCAUCACAGUUUGUAGAAUUGUUGACCAGUCCUGCGUUCAUAAUAUGUAAUCUU